AUGGAGGACAGCAGCAACCCUGAGCAGAGCUCCUGGGCUCAUCUGCCUGAUGUCUGCCUGAGGAAUAUUUUCCGCUGGUUGGAUGACAAGGACAGGGCUCAGGCUGCCCUGGUCUGUGUAAAAUGGAGUCAAGUCAUGUACUCAGGGUCCCUCUGGAGAUGCAGAACCAUCGCCUUCUACAACCGCCCGUCAAGGACGCAGGUAUUGGAGCUGCAGCGGGCUCUGUUCUACGCCAAGAAAUUUGGCAGGUAUUUGGAGCACCUCGAGAUCAAGCUACCAAAUCCUCAUGGCACUACCUUCACCCAGAGAUUUCAAAUGGUUAUGAGAGAUCUUCUUUCACACCUGAGUAAGUGCAACGAUCACCUCGUGUCCCUCAGCAUCCAGUACCUGGAGUUAGAGCGCUACUUCUGGAGGAGCAUGGUCAGGGCUCAGUUUGUCAAGCACUUAGGCACCUUCCUGCAAACAAUGAACAAGCACCUUGAUUGUCUCAACUUGAAAGGAGCAAGAGCAGCCCUGGAUGAGGGCUGUGAGCUUCUGAAUUCUCUAAGCUGCUUGACAAAUCAAAGCUUUGUAUCUAAACUCAACAUUGAGGAUUUCUUCGGUCUCCAUCUUCAUGUCUACAGGAGCAGCUUGUUCCACCAAACCAUGUCCAAGUUCCACAGCCUGGUCAUCCUCUCUCUCAGUUACAACUGCCUCUCUGAUGAGCUGCUGGACAUCCUGCGGGAGCACAGCGCUCAUUCCCUCUCCACCUUGAAUAUCAAAUGUCAUAUCCAUGACCCUCAUGAGCAAGUGGUCUGGGGAAUGUCCUGGGCAAAAUUGGCCAAGAGUGCCCCAAAGCUGACUGUGAACUUCUUCUUUGAAAGAGUUCUGAAGCAUGAUCACCUUGCCAAGAUCCUGCUGGUAGACAUCCCAGUUGGAAGCAUCAGUCUGCGGAGCUGCUAUUUCAAUAACCCGGAGUGGAUAAUGAGACCUACCCUCACCAACCUCAUCCCAGCCUACCACCGUGUGCUGCAGAAGCUGACACUGGAGUUCAACAAUGACUGCGAGCUGCUGGAUGAAGAGCUGCUCCAGCUCACCUUAGCAUGCAAGAGGUUGUCCUAUCUGAAGGUCUGGGCAUAUCUCAGUGUCACCUUUAUGGAGAGGCUGCUGCAGAACCGUGCAGAAGGGAAAUGCAUUUUGACUACCAUAAAGGUCAAGAUUUACACAACCCAGCCAGACACCACUGAGGAGGAUCAGCUGUUGCGUGGUAUCUACAGGAGGUUCAAAUACCUGAUUGACUCAGAGCUUAAUUAUUUUGCCACCACCUGCUCAGUGGACUAAACCACAGGCAGAGACAACUCCCAGUAACAUCUGCAAGCAACAAACAGAUCCUUUUGGAGAGCAUUAAGAAGAGAUUUGAAUCUUGGCAGCAAUGCCUCAAAGUGAGAUACCAAUGCACUCCAUGCAUUAAACUGUUGGACUGAAGA